AUGUCCCCCCCAUCCCCCCUCCCCGCCUGGAAAUCAACCCUCAUAGCCACAGCCCUAAAAUCCCAAAUCCUCACCUUCGGCACCUACACCCUCAAAUCCUCACGGAAAUCCCCCUACUUCGUCAACUGCGGGCUCUUCGCCACAAGCAAAACCAUCCGGUCCCUCUCGACAGCCUACGCCCACGCAAUAAACACCCACGCCCAGGAAAACCCAGAAUUCACAUUCGACGUCCUCUUCGGCCCCGCGUACAAGGGAAUCCCCUUCUGCGCGACGACGGCGUCGGAAUUAGGACGCUUGGACCCCAGCAGGUGGGAUGAGGUCGGAUAUGCGUAUAAUCGGAAAGAAGUGAAAGACCACGGCGAGGGCGGGUUGUUGGUGGGGCAGGCGCUGAAGGGGAAGAAGGUGGUGAUUAUAGACGAUGUGAUCACGGCGGGGACGGCGAUUCGCGAGGCUAUAGGGAUUAUAGAGGCGCAGGGCGGGACGCUGGCGGGGAUUGUGGUGGCGAUUGAUCGGCAGGAGAAGAUGCCUAGUGCGGCGGAGAGGGAAGGGAAGGAGGAUGAUGAUGAUGAGGAUGAUGGCGCGCCGCGGAUGAGUGCGAUUGGGGAGGUGAGGCGGGAGACGGGGGUGCCUGUUCUGGCGGUUUUGACGCUGCAGGAUCUGAUUGAGGGGAUGAGGGAGAUGGGGAGGGGCGACGAGGUGCAGGCCAUGGAGGAGUACCGGAGGCAGUAUGGUGCUAGUGAUGCGUGA